AUUUCCUGUCUGAGCAGCUCUUGUGUCGGUGUGUAUGAGUCUAAGGCGACAUGAUAUCUUUGGCUGCGGAAAUCGUGUCUGCUGCGGACUUUGUGCGUCCUUUGACUGGUCUAGAUAAUGCACUAUUAUCAGAUCCAAGUAUUUUGACACUCCUAAACUCGCAUACCCCCAAUCCUUGCGUGCACGAGUUAGAAGGCCGUAGUAAACCAUAUCUCCUGGAAUCUCUUCGCCACCUAGAAGCUAUACAUCUUGCUGCCGUCAGAGAAGGCUUCAGCCCGGAAUCCGAAUAUGAUAGCACCCUCAUGAGCAUUUUGUAUGCACUGAUAGAUUUGAUUGCGACACAAUGGGUGCUUCCAUGUCUAUCGCCAAACGUUGUGUUCCCGCACCGGCCCAAAUCGACCUUGUCUGCUGUUCAAACGAAUGAGAAGCAUGACAAAGUAUGGUGCUUAAAGACAAUAUGUGAGACUGUUGACCGUCUGGGUACCGACCCCAACGGAGGCAUAUCGCCAAUCAUAUCCCAAAGAUUCCUUCCUGAUCUUGUGUCUGCCCUUGCUGAAUUGGCUUUCGCACCAAGAAUAGCAGAUACUGAAGAUCAGGCACUAUGGCAACGGCGAUUUGCUACUCUCUUGGUCAAGACUCCAACAUCGCGCCUUCUACCGCUUCUUACAUCUUAUGUAUCCCAAGAUCUACCGAUAUGGAUGCGACCACAUAUCACGGAGUCACUCUCACUUUUACCCCUGCGUUCUCGAGGUAUUAGGCAUAUAGUAGAGUACAUAUCAAUGUCACAUCAGCCGAAUGGUGGAGAUCAACGACAGGCCCUCUCGAGUCGACUGCCUAUUACACUAUCGAUUAUGCAACAGGCCACCAAGCUAAUUGCUGCACCACCAGCGUCUAUGAGGAUGGAAGAAUGGAUCGAAAAAAUAGCACCCCAAUUGUGGAACAUGUUGGAUGGAAACGAGGGGUCAGACAUGGCUCGAGCGGCCGGUCACAUAAUCUCGAGUGGAUUCUUGAGCAAACGAUCUACCGGAGCCCCUGGCAAGCCAGGCUGGAAUACUUUUGCCAUUCCUUUGAUCGCAGCAAUAAACCCAAAACAAGACUACAGCUCUCUAAAGAAUAGUGAGGACGCAUUCACUGUGGUUGUGCCCUCAGGUAAAGUCUUACAAGCUUUGGAAAGAAUGGCCACGAUCAUAUCCUCGCACCCGAACACAGGUGUAACACCUAGGCUUGUCAGACCUGUAAAGCUUGGUCUAUGGGGUUUACUUCACUGCGUGAAGGCUCCAAAAGAGAAAGUUAUUGUUCCUGAGAGAUGGUCCGUCGUUCUUGAGUCCAUCCUGAAAAGAUACUUCGAGCUAGAAUCAGAAGUGCAUCAGAUCGACGAGAUAGCUAGGAAUCUCCUUUGGGAUGGGUCAUCUCAGUGGACCUUUUCGACUGGUGCAGAUGGCGGAGUUGAUAUUCGUCUUCGCCCCCUCGUUGGCCAAUACAUGGAGAGUGCGCUGGCGAACCUCGAAAGCAUCGAUAAACGUACUCAGACGUUCGUCAAGUUGCUGCCAACCAGCCAAAUUAACUAUGAUGUUAUCACAUCAGCUUUCUGCGAGAUACUGAGACGUUGGCUAACGCCUGCAACAUUGAAGUCGGCCAAUAAGACACUAGGUCAAGAUUCUCACAGCGAUGCUUUCGGUAUGCUGAUCAACGCUAAGUUGUCUCAGGCUAUACUCGAAAAGCUGCAGAAAAGGUUGAUCAAAGAUCCUGGUCGACUAAUGGCUUUAUUUGACCAGAUCAUGCAAGAGUUCGUAACCCUUGACCAGCAGCGACAAAGCAACAUCUUCUCGCUGAAAGAUCCGACGAUCAAGAGUCUUGGGCGUAUCGUUGAGACAAAGAGGGAGCAAGGUCAAAACUCAUUGUCCUCUAUGGAGUCUGAUUUUGAAGAUCUAGCGAUAACUGGCAUCAGCAUCUUGAGCUUGUUCCUUACAUCCUCGAUGCCGCGCAACGACGUGACGGACAAGGUUCUCCGAGGCAUAGCUGCAUCACUGCGAUAUAUUUGCUCCAGAAACGAAAGAUUUUCCACGAACCUCGUAGACCCCGCAACAGCAGCCUUGGAUAUCAUCAAUCUAUGGAUUGGGACAUCUGAGGAAAAGGUGAAUUGGGAAAAAGCUGACCGCGUGUCAAGGCCAGCCUGGGAUGCUAUUAUAGGAGAUCUCGCUGCGCAAGAAGCCCCAAUUCGCGCUUCUGCCAUAGCGCAAAUUGAUGGUCUCAUUGACGACCAUUGCUCAGUAAAACUGGACGUACCUCAAACAGCUCAUCUCCUCGUCCAAGUGAUCCGCAUGGAAUCAGACUCCUACGUUUAUCUCCCCGCCAUCCGGGCUCUCACCAAACUCUGCAAAGAACAUAGUCGUCCUCAUUUCGUGUGCCGUAUCACUCUCGAUGCAUUCCUAGACGUCGAAGAAAAGAACAACGGCGGCAUAGACGGGCGACUACGCAUCGGCGAGGCAAUCGACAGUCUCGGAAAAUAUGCACUCGUCAAAGGUCAGACCUCGCAUGACAGCAGGUCCACGGCUGCUGCUGCAAUCGCCGAGGUAUGCUUGAAAUUAGCAAGUCGACGAGGCCAUCGGCCAUUAACAAGAGCGGCACGCGAAGCAGCCGCAGUCAAGAAGGCUACAAGAAUCAAGCGAGAGCACGAAGACGGUUUUAAGGCAUGGGGAGGGGGGUUUCCGGAGAUUGACAUGAAGCUCAUUGAUCCGAAUCAUGAGCCCGAAACAACUCAGCAGGCGAAAGAACGCGAGUAUCUGGAGAGUAUAGUACAAGGGUGGGAAGAUACAGGUCUCGAGGAAGAUGUUCGCGUGCGGACCUCUGCUCUUUCGAUACUGUGUACUCUUUUCGAAUCACACGUGCAUAUAAUCGAGUUGAGAGAUGGAAUGGUGCAUGCCAUUGAUAUAGCGCUAUCAAUAUCUGUAUUUGAGUUGCAGCCAGAUCGUAUCAUAUUGCGUCGUGCUGCUGUCAUGGUGGUCAUGUCCAUAUUACGAGGCAUCGAUUCAUUGCUUCAGGGGAACGAUACUACGGUUGUGGAUCACUUGCUCCAUAAAGGAAGCAGGAAAUGGUCGGAUAUGCAGCAGAUUAUGAGGUGGCUGGCCAGCGAGGACCGCGAUGAAACUGUGCGAGGUCAUGCAGAGGCUGUUAUUGACGGAUUGGAGACAUUGACGGUGAAAAUGGCCGUUGGGCGCGAGGCUGUGCAUCAUGAAAUUGAAAUGGACAACGGUCUAUCGGCAGGUCUUCGUGGUAUACAGUUCGAGACUGGCGAGCUAACUGGGGGGGUUUCAUUGGUGGAGGAGAUGGAAUAAGGCUUGGAUACCGUCGUAGAACUACGUGUGUCGUUGGUUCACGGCCUUGCCCAUCUUUUGAUGACUUCUCUUGCCUUAUGCACUCGUCGUCACAAAUGCGCCCGCCGCGUUUGCAGAGCUUCCAGGCCUUUGAAAUCCACCCAUGAUCGAAGGUCAUCUUCUGCCUUUUCCCUUCCGAACGUCGCACCUGUGUCCUGCCUAGCAGUGCCUUCAUCCGCUCAUAGACGCGUCAUGCUUAUCAGCCGCCGAUAUCCAUAAUACGUUAUUGCAUCUGCCGAUAUAAUCAACAUGAAGCCCUGCGAUCAAUGGUCAGAGUAGCUGGGCCUGACGUACCUUAUUAGAACUUGACCUAGAUCGCCGGUCUUUGAGCCAUCAAUAAAUUCCUCAG